UCUGUUAGCGGGCACCUGGCGGACGUCAUCGCGAGGCACGUGGUCUGUGCCAGCAAACCAGUCGUUCAUAAGCAAUUUCAAAUCGACCCAUGAUGCCCGUAAUCCGAUAGUUACAAUAACAUGCGAACAAUCGAACGGGACGGAAUAUGUGUUGAAAUAUUCUUCCGAGUUGUUUGCUGGUAUAGUUUUAGAUUACUACAUCUGUCUGGAGAUCCCGUCCUCACAUUUGGAAAGUGUUUCCACGAUAUAUAUAGUUACAGCGUUUGACAGCAGCUCGGGUGAGCCAUUCACCUCAGUACCCUCCCUUACCUGCGCCAACACCGGAUACAAGACGCCUCAAAGAACAAUAAUGGCCGUGUGGGAGAAUGCAUCUUUACCUGACGUAGCGAUUUCACUUCCGAACGUUAUUCGUGGAAACUACGCGGCUAAUGUAACCGACCAACAAAGCCGGAUCGGAAAUGACACAAUCAUUACUGUAUGUGAUGACGUCACUAGGAUUGUUAUCACCACCAACUCUUCACAGACUGCGGACAUAGCAUUCUCAAAUUCCGGUGUGAUGUUUGCGCUGUCGUACGCUAGCGUCAACGACACAACGUUUAUCUACACAUACAACAAUGACAGCAGCGUCGAUGACGUCAAUACUUUCACUUUUGUUUGUUGGGCUAUCACACCAGACGAGAAUAACACGCUGGUCUACGUCACAAUAUUCCCGCGCACCUGUAAGCUGGAUCAAACUGGGUUGUCGGUUCCUUCCGUUGGCCAGAAGCUAGUGCUUGAUCCCAUUGCUGCCACGACGCCUAGCAGCACCGAUAACACCAUUCUCAUCAUCAUCAUCGUCGUAUCAGUCAUCGGAGGCCUCAUCAUAAUCUUCCUGCUCAUCGUUCUUGUCUACUGGCUCGUUAAACGGCAGCGCGAACAGGAAAACAUGGCCAAACCAGUUCCUCGAAACAUAGACAACCAGAAAAGGAGACUUAUUACAGUUAAAGCGCGCCGGCCAAAGUCUUCAAAUGAUAUCACGAAAGUCAAACCGACGAAAGCAACAAUUACCUCCCCAACCAAUAGAACCGUUGCCGUGCAGGCGUCCAUUUGGAUUGGACCCAUCCAACCGAGGACUAUAUCCGGUUUGAAGCAUGAGGCCAGGCCCAAGACACCACCGAGUCCAGAUAAGUUCGUACCAUUUGUGGGGUACAUAGACCGAAAUUUGACGAGGUCGAAGACAAAUGUAGAUAAGGAUAAGAAAUUAUUGCGGACUAGCACGGUGAUUGAACAGUCAGAACCACCGCCCAAAAGACCUCGAGUAUUGGCGAAGAGAAAACACGAGCCCGACAGCCCUAGACGAGUAUUCGUACAUCAAACACCGGACGCUGACACAAAGUACAUUAAGCACUUCUCCGAAGAGUUUGAAAAAUUGCAUCCUUUCCCUUUAGAAGGAAAUCCGCAAAAUUACAUUCAAAAUCCGGUCAUAGUCGAUCCUGAUGACAAGAUUAUAGAGCCUACAGUGGCAAAAACAUCAGAUGAGCACGUAGUUGUAGUUGCGAUUGAAGUAAAUGGAACUGAGAGUAAACAGCCUAAUAUUACAGUCACUCCAACUGGUAAUGGAACUACGGAACACGAACAGAAAGCAGAGGUAAAUCCAGGACUAAAUAACCAUGGAUUAACAACGAACAGUUAUAAAAGAGCAUCUUUUAUGGAGCAAGUGCACGUUGUACCAAAUAGAACUGUGAUUAAACAAAAUACUAUUUCAACAAAACAAACGUUCCCAAAACUUACGAAUGAAAACACGAGUGGGAACAUGAAUGAAUGUCGUAAAAAUGAUAUAGGUGUUAGUCUUGCACAGGCUGGUUCUAUACGAAAGGACCAAUACAGGCCCAUAGUAAAUCAUCGCUACUAUUCGCCUUACGCUUUGUCACUAGCACAGAAGGAAUAUAUGCACCAGAAAAACGCAUGGAUUAGGCACAAGUUCCACGAAACUCUGAGGAGCAAAAAGGAAAUAGAAACAAUGAGACGACAGGAAAAUGAGCGCGCGUUUGAGAAAUGGAUACGCGAAAAGCAAGCAUCGAUGGAAAAAAUAAGGAAAACAUAUAAGACAACGAAGAAGUUCAGUUUCAAAAAACACAAGAAGCAAAAAGACACUUCCUUCCGGUCGAAUGCUAGUAAGCAUUCGACAACUGAAGUGGAGUCCAUGGUUUCUCUUCAAAGCAAAGCAGAUACGGAACUUCUUGUGCCGCAUGAUGGAAUUUCUAUGGUUUCUCACCCUAGCAAGCCAGAGACCGUGUGA